GAGAUUUCCCCACAGGCCUUCCUCACUGGCACCUGGCUGUGAGUGAACCGGCGGGAAAAAGGGGAUAACCGACAGCGGAUAAUGACGUGAUGGCUCCGGUUGUAGCGCGAGCACAGGAUAGCUCCGGGAGUCUUUAAUGACCGGUUUUCUGGAGAAAAGUGGAAUCACUGGAGAAGGACGUACGACACUGAACCGACCGCAGUAAUUAAAAAGACAAACGGUCUCUCAAACAGGUUGCAGAGGUUUGCUUCAGUCUGAAAGGGGGCAUUGCUGCACAUUAAAGGAUGAUAUCCCCCAGAUGGUGACUUCUGCAGGAGCUCCAGUGAGCGGAGGUUUUGAGGGUAAAAUUCAUCAGGCCCGUCAUGGUUUCCUACCUUCACUCACUUCUCCCUCUUUGCAUCUCCUGCUGUCUUCUAAUGGUUUGAUGGAGAGCUGGUCGAAUGUCAGCGGGAACUAUUGUUAUAUCCGGAGGAAUUCUCGCCGGAGUGAUACUGCUGUGCAUUAUAGCAGUGCUCUGUUACUGUAGACUCCAGUAUUACUGCUGUAAGAAGAAUGGUUCUGAGGUGGACACGGGCCCUGCAGCUGGACCGGACCCUCUGUCUCACUUUCCCUGCAAUGCCUGUGACAUCCUCGCCAUGGACGGCGCCGCCAUCACCCCCGUCUCUCUGGACCAGCUGGACUCGGGAUCUCACCACAACCACUGCCCGACGUGUUCCCCGUACUCAGUUCGCUCUCUGCGCACUAAUGACAUGCGUAACGGAGGAGAGCGGCUCGGCUUCCACACCUACUACGAGAACCCGUCUGUUUCUCUGCCACUGUCUGUCAACCCACAGGAUUCCCCUCAUCUGAGCUACUAUGGACACAAGGACAUGUUUCCUCCCCCUCCACGACCAUACAGCACACAGGUCUGACCUCGGCUGCAGCAUAGAUGCACACAUUCAACACAGAUAUACAUACAGACACAACAAGCACAUGUCCUUUAAUUUGGGACUGAAUUCAGGUGAUGGAUUACAAUACAGCACAAUUGCACAGCUGCCUACACUGAUGUACAUCCUCAUAUCUGUCACAGAAUACAGACUCUUUCAUUCAUGGGAGUGACCCUUAAACUGAGCCCACACUGACAGAACCUCAGUAUGGGAACCUCAAACUACA